GAGUGCUCUGUAUGUACUCGACCAGGGGACAUGCCUGAGGAGCACAUUAUGAUUUGCCACAGCAUGCUUGGGCUCACACUGCUGCUGCUGUCUCUGACGGCGAACCUCCACCUGGGCUUUGUUUGGGCAAAAAGUAUUGACCCAACAGAUGGUCCCAAAACUACAAAAUCCUCAGCCUCGUGCCCUCCUCCACCGGUGAUGGAAAAUGUACAGCCAUUCAAUGAAACACAGACACUCCAAGAGGGCUGCAUAUUGCGGUAUGCCUGCAAGAAGGGCUAUCUGAGAAAAGCAGGGACCUCCAACUAUUUUCAAUGUGUUAAUAAAAAUGGAACCCUGAAGUGGCGUCACGGAGAGUUUGCCUGCAUAAGUAUGUCAGAGACGAAGACAGUCGAAGUUCCUCAUAUAGAUUGUUCCAAAGCUAAGCCAAAAGCUCAAUCUACCACUAUGGAAACAAGCACAGUGCAACACUUGUCGCUAUCUACAAGAUCAGAACAAGAUAAAUUAAUUCAAAAUUUGGAUUUUUCAUGUGUAACAAUUGGAGUCUGCAGUGCGGCUGGACUCAUUCUCGGUCUCAGUAUUGGAGGAGCUGUACUGUGGCGCCAAAGACAACACUCAAAGAAGCGCCAAGGCGGACAUGGAGGUGUACACAUCACAGAGACACAGCCCAUAUCCCGUGUAGAAUGAACCAAGCUGAAUGAAGACAAACAAAUGUUUGGGUUUUGGAGUUUUAAAGGACCCAGAUCUUGAGGCUACGAUGUUAUAAUUGCUGUUAGAUACACAGCUUGUCUAUUAAACUGAAUGUCAAUUACCAAUACAUGUCAGCUGUAGUAGUAGCAUACAGAACAGAACUUUCAUAUAUGAGUUUGUAAGGCAACUUGACACAUCUAACUGGGUUUGAAAGAGGCCAGACAGUCAGUGCAUAAAUAACAGGAAAAACUGCACUACAAAAAUUAGACCAGGGGGUCAAUAUAGAAAAUUGUUACCAUGUACCAGCUUACAGCAAUGAAAACCGUAUCAAAAAGUUCUUCCAAUUUAUUUAUCAUAACCUGUUGUCUAAGGCAUGGGACAAGUGGUUCAGAAAAUGUGUGUGUGUGUGUGUGUGUGUGUGUGUGUGUGUGUUGUCUAAGGCAGCUUACAAUGUUAAUGUUGUAUAAAGUGCUUACAAAGUCACAAGAGAGCAAUCAGAUAAUAAUAAUGCAAUAUAAAAUAUUGUGCUACCGCAAGAUGAGUUACACUAGACAACCGUUGGUAUUAGACAAAAGACAGUGAUAAGCAAUGCCAGUGACAGGCAAAGUGAAGCCAUUAUCAAGUUGUGAUUCGUACCUGAUUCUGAGUGGAGUCUCGCUCCAUUCUUCAGUGUUACUAG